AUGACCCUUGGGUCCCAUAUCGCUAGAGGCGUAUAUGGUUACCCUUGCCGCCCACCGCUCCCGGCCCAAGGGGAAACUGACUGUUUACAAGGUAACUACCUGUCUACCUGUCCCACCCCACCUGGCUCACAGCCCACCCUGCCUCACCCACCUGGCUCACAGCCCACGCUGCCCCACCAACCUGGCUCACAGCCCACCCUGCCCCACCCACCUGGCUCACAGCCCACCCUGCCUCACCCACCUGGCUCCCAGCCCACCCUGCAUCACCCACCUGGUUCACAGCCCACCCUGCAUCACCCACCUGGUUCACAGCCCACCCUGCACCACCCAUCUGGCUCACAGCCCACCCUGCAUCACCCACCUGGCUCCCAGCCCACCCUGCAUCACCCACCUGGCUCACAGCCCACCCUGCCCCACCCACCUGGCUCACAGCCCACCCUGCCUCACCCACCUGGCUCACAGCCCACCCUGCCUCACCCACCUGGCUCACAGCCCACCCUGCAUCACCCACCUGGUUCACAGCCCACCCUGCAUCACCCACCUGGUUCACAGCCCACCCUGCAUCACCCACCUGGUUCACAGCCCACCUUGCAUCACCCACCUGGCUCCCAGCCCACCCUGCAUCACCCACCUGGCUCACAGCCCACCCUGCCCCACCCACCUGGCUCACAGCCCACCCUGCCUCACCCACCUGGCUCACAGCCCACCCUGCCUCACCCACCUGGCUCACAGCCCACCCUGCAUCACCCACCUGGUUCACAGCCCACCCUGCAUCACCCACCUGGUUCACAGCCCACCCUGCACCACCCAUCUGGCUCACAGCCCACCCUGCCCCACCCACCUGGCUCACAGCCCACCCUGCAUCACCCACCUGGCUCACAGCCCACCCUGCAUCACCCACCUGGUUCACAGCCCACCCUGCCCCACCCACCUGGCUCACAGCCCACCCUGCAUCACCCACCUGGUUCACAGCCCACCCUGCCCCACCCACCUGGCUCACAGCCCACCCUGCCCCACCCACCUGGUUCACAGCCCACCCUGCCCCACCCACCUGGUUCACAGCCCACCCUGCAUCACCCACCUGGUUCACAGCCCACCCUGCCCCACCCACCAGGCUCACAGCCCACCCUGCCCCACCCACCUGGUUCACAGCCCACCCUGCCCCACCCACCUGGCUCACAGCCCACCCUGCCUCACCCACCUGGCUCACAGCCCACCCUGCAUCACCCACCUGGUUCACAGCCCACCCUGCCCCACCCACCUGGCUCACAGCCCACCCUGCAUCACCCACCUGGUUCACAGCCCACCCUGCCCCACCCACCUGGCUCACAGCCCACCCUGCCCCACCCACCUGGUUCACAGCCCACCCUGCCCCACCCACCUGGCUCACAGCCCACCCUGCAUCACCCACCUGGUUCACAGCCCACCCUGCCCCACCCACCUGGCUCACAGCCCACCCUGCCCCACCCACCUGGUUCACAGCCCACCCUGCCCCACCCACCUGGCUCACAGCCCACCCUGCCCCACCCACCUGUCUCAUAG